AUGCCUUUUGGUGGGUUAGCAGGUUUGAAGGAACAGGUGCUUAAGCCUGGGAAGGAGGAAGUGAAGAACACAGUGGGGGACUCACUAGGAAAACUGCAAAGGAAAAUAGAUGGUAGCAAUGUAGAAGAAGAGGACAACAUUGAACUGACGGAGGAUGGGCGCCCGGUGGCCUCAGCACCACUUCCCGCCCCACUGCUGGACUGCAGCUGUGGCGGUCUGCCCAAGCGCUACAUCAUCGCCAUCCUCAGCGGCCUGGGCUUCUGCAUCUCUUUUGGCAUCCGUUGUAACCUUGGUGUGGCCAUUGUGGAGAUGGUGAACAACAACACUGUUUAUAUCAAUGGGACUCCUGUGCUUCAGAAAGCUCAGUUUAACUGGGACCCAGAGACAGUUGGUCUGAUCCACGGCUCCUUCUUCUGGGGCUACAUUGUCACUCAAAUCCCUGGUGGUUUCAUCUCCAACAAGUUGUUUGCCAACAGGGUGUUUGGGGCUGCCAUUUUCCUGACAUCAGUGCUCAAUAUGUUCAUCCCAUCAGCAGCAAGGGUACACUACGGUUGUGUCCUGUUUGUUCGCAUCCUGCAGGGCUUAGUGGAGGGUGUCACCUACCCAGCAUGUCAUGGGAUGUGGGCCAAAUGGGCACCACCUCUUGAACGGAGUCGCCUGGCCACAACUUCAUUUUGUG